UCCCUCCUCUAUAUAUUCCUCUCGGUUGCAGAAAUUUAUCAUAGAAAAUUCAAAAAAAUGGCAGUAGAUGAUUACGAUGACCAUUCUUUCACUAAACCAGGAGCAAUCCCAUUUCAGUGGGAAAUUAAACCCGGCGUCCCCAAAAUCCAAUACCAACAACAAAAACAAUUACCGCCACAGACGCCGCCGCCGUCACGGUCGCAUUCUCACAAACACCUUCAGCUCAAACCCCCGCCAUCUGGGUCAAUCUUUCUGCCUCCGCCGGAGCCCCACACUCGGACCCGCUCCUUCCGCUCCCCUUCAGCUUCUCGAACCCGGUCCGAGCGCUGGCGGUUUGAGCAACCCAAUAACUUCCUUUCAAGACGAUCAGAAGCCAUUUCGUCGGCCGGUUGCUUUAUGUCUCCUCUUCUGAGGGGGAAACCGAGCAGCAAGAGCAAAAGGGGGAGCGGUGGUGCUAGGACGGUGCCUGUACCCGAGUCCGAACCCGAUUACACUUUGGACCUUGAGACACUGGCGCGGUGGUCUGUGUCGUCUCGGAAAACGCUGCUCUCGCCGUUCCGUUACUCACCCGCGUCGACGUCGUCUUACUCGUCUAACAGGUCUUCCCCGCGACCCGUUAGUGACGCUGAAUGGGCCGGGUUCGGACUCUUUUGAAUGGGCUAUAAAUGGGAUAUGUAAUAUCCAGGGCAAGGUGGGUAUUUGGCUGUUGGGUAGCUUUAGCUCUCUGGUCAUACAAGACUAAGAAGAGUACUUUGAACUUUUAUUUUUCUUUCCAAAUGUUCUCAAAUAUCACUAUUAAUGUAAUAAAUAGCGCUAUUUCUAGUGAGUA